AUGGAGUCCCUUACCACACAUCCCUCGACUGCGCAGCAGGCGAAGGCGUUCACUUCUCCAGCUUCGUUAUCGUUCCCAGGGGGUGCCGGUGAUCUGACCCCACCGUCGUCGGAGAAGGAUCCAGGCAUGAUGAACGGAUCGCAACCAUCGAAUUAUCAACUAAACGUGGGGAAUACUGCCACUGGCAACGGGGUGACUCCCGCAACUCCUGCUGCGACUCCUGGAGCCGGUGCUGGUCCUGGAGUUAGCGGCAUUGUGCCUACUUUGCAAAAUAUUGUUGCGACGGUCAACCUUGACUGCCGUCUGGAUCUGAAGACCAUUGCGCUUCACGCUAGGAAUGCGGAGUACAACCCGAAGCGUUUCGCUGCUGUUAUCAUGCGCAUUCGCGAACCGAAGACGACCGCCCUUAUUUUUGCCUCGGGUAAAAUGGUCGUUACCGGUGCGAAGUCCGAAGAUGACUCCAAGCUCGCUUCGAAAAAAUAUGCGCGCAUCAUACAGAAACUGGGGUUCAACGCGAAGUUUACGGACUUCAAAAUCCAGAACAUUGUCGGGUCUUGCGAUAUUAAGUUUCCAAUUCGCUUGGAGGGACUUGCUAGUCGCCAUCACAAUUUCAGCUCAUACGAACCUGAACUUUUCCCCGGUCUCAUUUAUCGUAUGAUGAAACCGAAAAUUGUGUUACUGAUCUUCGUCAGUGGCAAGAUUGUUUUGACAGGAGCCAAAGUACGAGAGGAGAUCUAUCAGGCCUUUGAAAUGAUCUACCCCGUCCUCACUGAAAAAGUCGCGGUUCUCUUCUUCCCGCAGACCUGA